UGCAUAGUAAGGUCAAUGGUUCAUUUUGGCCAUUUACUCGUUUAUUUAUAUUACAGGCGAAAUGCAUACACUGUUGAAGAAGACAACGUGAUAUUGAUGUACGUUGCAGAACAUCAAGGAUUGCUUGUCGGUGGGAAUCGCAUUUGGAAACAGAUGGAAGACACAAAGAUAACAAUCCAUACAUGGCAGUCCAUGAAGGAUAGAUAUUUGAAAAAGCUGAAGGACAGGUUGCCUGAAUUUAAAGAAAUUGUAAAAAAUCAUAGACUGGCAAGAAAAAGGUCUUCAUCUGAGUCCAUGGCAACAAAGGCUGGAGAAAAUGAAGAACCUUCACCCCAAAAUAUGCAAGUAGGUGUUGACACAGAUACAGAUGAGGACAGAACAUGGACACCUGUACAUAAAAGAAGGCCGAGGAUACAACUCAGCUCAGAUGAAUCCUCCACUGGAAGUAUAACUGGCAAAUCAAACAUAGAGACACAAAUGAAAACAACUCAACAAGAAGAAACACAGACAUCUGGAAUACCAACUGAAAACGUAGAAGCAGAAACAGAGAUGGUAAACGACGAAAGCUCAGAUGAAGAUUUUGAUGUUGAAAAGAUUUCAAGGGACGUGCAGAAAUUUAUGAAGAAAUAUGGGCUAACAUUUGAGGAAUGUGCUUAUGUGUAUUACAUUAAUAAAAUGAACACCAAAGAAGUGGAAGAAUGGUUUAUAAAAUUGGAACAGAAAGAACGGUAAAUAUUUUGAUGGAGGGAUUUAGCGAUGGGCAUCACAUGACCUAACUUGGGUGUCGAAUAUGAACAAGUGUUUUACACGGUGACUGCUAUCGCAGCUGUCUCUUGUUUAUUGCUGUAAAUAUCAUAAUUCCUAGUAAACUAUACCAAAUUGAUUGGAAAUUAAACUUUUUGCCUUAAUGGUUUGCUAAUGCUGUAAAGGAUACUGGCCGCAAACAUUGAGAUUUUUCGACCAAAGUUAGGCCUAGGUCCCUGCGCAUCUACGGCAUGGUUAGGUAUGCAUGAUGAUCUUCAAACUGCGAAGUAUGCAGCGAUGUUAGGGCCAGCUAAGGUUUAUGAAUGAUCACUUAAAUUUCAAAGCAUACAAUCCAAGGAUAAGUAAAUAAACACUAUUUUGAACAAUCAUAAUGCCUUUCCUAGUCAUUUACUUCUCAACAGUGGGUGGUUGUUUUCACAACCAUAAUAUUAUCUUUUUAUAUGCUAUUGCACUGUAAUGUUUUUCAUGUAUACCCAAGUAUACAUGAAACAAUCAUUGCUAAAUCCCUCUAUUAUUUGGAGAGACAAAAUAGUUUUGUGAUAAACCUCAUUGGUUUUUUGGUUUAUCUUAUCUUCCUUGCACAGUUGGUUUUAGAACCAAUAGUCUUCUUAGUUAAUGCUUGGAAGGCCC